AUGCUACUUCUCGAGAGAAUUACAGACCUCGAGGUUUUGCGCUACGUGCUCAGCCACAACCACGGCACCUGGGGCGGCAAUCUGGACGUGGACGAGUACGUUGAGCGGGAGCGGGUGAACUACACCCACCGGUUCUGCGAUCUCUGGAGGGACGAGACCGUGGUCAACGGGACGUACUACUGGGUAUUCAGAGAUACAGCGCUGCCGAGCGAGAAUUUCGGGGAUAUUGUGUGUGCUUGCGAGUUUCUGGUGCGUGACGCGUACUAUUUCGACAAAUCGCUCCACGGAAGCAAGUGCGUGGCAGUCGGGUCUGUCUACACUCUGGAACAGCACAGGAAAAAGGGGUAUGCUACAAAGAUGAUGGAGCAGCUGGUGGGGAAGAUGAGGGAGCUGUUUCAGGGAGAGCACGACUUCUCGCUCCUCUACAGCGAGGUGGGCGAGUACUACUCGCGGUUCGGAUUCCAGAGCUACCACGUUCCUGUGGCCCUGCUGGAGACGGGCAAAAAAACAGAAAUUCAAUACUCGUACGUGACGGAAGAGAAGCUGCCGAAAUUCAUCGACCAGUACGACGCGAAAGUUCGCAGAAUGGUGCAGGCGACGCCGGGGUCUGUGGCUGUGAAGCCGUCGGUGGAGAACAUCGAAUGGUUCCAGAACAGAUCGAUCCAUUUGGCCAAGCUCCAGAAAAGAGAGUUUGACGGCAAUAUAUUUGGCAUACACAUAGGAAGCGCUUUUGCACUGUGGUAUUACGAGUUUGGCGAGGAUCAGGUGACUCUAAUCAUGAUCGAUGCAGAGACGCCAGACCAGACACGCCAGUUGCUCGAGUGCUGCAUGGCGGAAUGCUCUGCAGUGAAGAAAAUCAAGAUAUGGCACGACGACUUGGUAUAUCAUGCAGGAGAAAAAGACGAGGCAGCCUUGGGGCUGGUGACCGAGCUGGGAGGAAGUGUGGGGCACAGAAACGGCUCGCUCUCUGCGCUGUGCAUGCUGCAUUCCUCCAGCCAGCCAGCGUGGGUCGCCAAUGGAAAGUGGGCUUGGUAUUAG